AUGGACCAGGGUGAAGCUUCCUCGGAUGAACGGGUGAGCGUCAACAUUUUUCUCCCCAGUGGACAAAGUGUUGCAGUGUCAAUUUUGCUGACACAGACAUGUGGUGAUCUUGGAAAAAUAGCUCAGACAUCUUUUGGAAGAGGUUUUCUGCGACUCUUGUCUGCUGAUGGCCAAUUCCUACAUCCCGAUGAUUCACUUCAAAGUGCGGGCCUAGAAGAUGGAAGCAACGUGACUGCUGUGGCACAAAUUCCCAGGCUUGUUGCCACCCAGCUGGCAUUUGCAAUUUGGACUUAUGGUGGCCCGGCCGUUGCCUGGGGCGAUCCAGAAGCUGGCGGCGACUGCGAUACGCAUGGCAAACGGGUGAGGUCUGUCCAAGAACUCGUGGCCGCGGAGUAUGCCAUUGCUGCCAUGCUAACCAAUGGGCACGUUGUUUCUGGGGGUGAUCCUGGCAGUGGUGGCUAUGUUUGGGAUUCGCGUCUGCGAGACGUAAAGGAGCUGGUAGCUGCGGAUGAUGCCUUUGCCGCUCUGAGGGCCGAUGGAUCAGUGGUAACCUUCGGAGAUGCUUCGGUGGAUUGCAGUAGUUUGCAAGAGAAGUUGAAAGGCGUGGUGAAACUUGCCGCGUCUUGCGCAGCAUUUGCUGCUAUCCUUUCCACUGGUGGCGUGGUGACCUGGGGCAAGGCCGAUUUUGGAGGAAACUCCAGCCAGGUCCAGGAUCAACUUCGGAACGUGAAGGAGAUAGUCGGGAAGAUCCGCAACUCUGCCUUCACGGCUCUGGGAGAGGAUGGGCAAGUGCUGGCCACCUGGGGGUCUUCAAGGUGUUGUGCCAGCAAAGAAGUCCUAAAGCAGCUGAAGAAUGUGAAAGUGAAGAACAUCGAUUGCACUGCGCUUGCGUGGGCCGUAGUUUCGCAAAAUGGAGAAGUGUUCACCUGGGGCAUGCCUUGCAGUGGAGGGGAUAGCCGAGAUGUUCAAGAUCGCUUGCAGAAUGUUACCAAAGUGGUGGCUUCUCAUGCCGCCUUCGCGGCACUUCUGGAAGAUGGAUCAGUGGUUUCUUGGGGUGAUCCACUUUUUGGAGGCGAUGACCUUGAAGUUCGUGCUGAGCUGAAAAAUAUCGUGAAGCUCUUUUCUUGCUACAACAUGUUUCUUGCCAUCAGGCAAGAUGGAAAAGCCAUCAGGUGGGGCGACCCUGCGGUCAAUGAGAUUUGGGAACACCAUGGAGGCCAUCUUCACGUUGAGCCUCUCUUGGGUAAUCUGCAGGAUUUUGCCGGCAACGACCGUGCCUUUGCUGCUGUGCUGACGGAUGGUUCGGUUCUGACCUGGGGGGAUCCCAAAACCGGUGGCGACGACAAGGAACUUCAGGAGACCAUUGAGUGCAUCUUGGGCAGCAGAGUGCCGACUCCCUACGAACUAAGUGGCGAGGAGAGCACAGGAGACUCGGGCAACAGCCACGUGAUGGACGGCUGA